CUAAAAUGAGGGGCGAGGACCGCAUUACUUGGGAUAGAUGGCCUGCCAGCUCUGACCGGCUGAAAUUAUCGGACUCGGCCUUUUACUCUGUCUCUCUCUCCCAUCCGCUGGACAUCUACUCCCUUCGGUCCAGGCUCCUGGGCUCCUGUCCCACCGCGCCCAGACCGGAGCUCAGUCUUGAUGGGGUCCGUGUCCUGGCUUUGAGUGCCUGGGGUGCAGACUGGACCCCUAGGCGAGCAUGCGGGUCUAGCGCAGGAGCAGAAUGCCCCCUGCCCCCAGGAGUCUCAGUUGGGCGCGCCUGGGGAAGCGCGCGGUGGACGGGAAGCGCAGGGUCCGGGCAACCCUCCCGAGCCAUUUUUCCUUUCCACACUCCUCUGGCUCUGCACCGCCUCUCCGGAGCCGCCAGAGUCUGCGCGAGGCUGAGCUGGGGCCAGGACGGUUCCUCUACGCUGGCAGAAUUGGGUGGAAACUUGGAGACGAACGGAAUGCGGAGAGCACUGGGGUCUGGGAAACCAGCCUCCUCGCUGCUGUCUCUCCCAGCGCAUGUCACGGGUAUCUCCAGGCAGAAACUCCGCUGAGCAGAACUUGCCGCCAGAAUGCUCCUCCUGUUGCUGGGUAUCAUCGUCCUCCACGUCGCGGUGCUGGUGCUGCUGUUCGUCUCCACGAUCGUCAGCCAAUGGAUCGUGGGGAAUGGACAUGCAACUGAUCUCUGGCAGAACUGUAGCACCUCUUCCUCAGGAAAUGUCCACCACUGUUUCUCAUCAUCACCAAACGAAUGGCUGCAGUCUGUCCAGGCCACGAUGAUCCUGUCGAUCAUCUUCAGCGUUCUGUCUCUGUUCCUGUUCUUCUGCCAACUCUUCACACUCACCAAGGGGGGCAGGUUUUACAUCACUGGAAUCUUCCAAAUCCUUGCUGGUCUGUGUGUGAUGAGUGCUGCGGCCAUCUACACGGUGAGGCACCCAGAAUGGCACCUCAACUCGGAUUACUCCUACGGCUUUGCCUACAUCCUGGCCUGGGUGGCCUUCCCCCUGGCCCUUCUCAGCGGUGUCAUCUACGUGAUCUUGCGGAAACGCGAAUGAGGCGCCCAGACAGUCUGUCUGAGGCUCUGAGCGUACACAGGGAAGGGAGGAAGGGAAACUAGAAAACAGAAAAAAAAAAAAAAAAAAAAAAAAAGAGCUAGCGGAAAAUCCCAAACUCAAACCAAACCAAACAGAAAGCAGUGGAGGUGGGGGUUGCUGUUGAUUGAGAUGUAUAUAAUAUCUCCGGUUUAUAAAACCUAUUUAUAACACUUUUUACAUAUAUGUACAUAGUAUUGUUUGCUUUUUAUGUUGACCAUCAGCCUCGUGUUGAACCUUAAAGAAGUAGCUAAGGAACUUUACAUCCUAACAGUAUAAUCCAGCUCAGUAUUUUUGUUUUGUUUUUUGUUUGUUUUGUUUUACCCAGAAAUAAAAUAACUCCAUCUUGCCCCUUCCUUUUCAUCUGAAAGAAGAUACCUCCCUCCCAGUCCACCUCAUUUAGAAAACCAAAGUGUGGGUAGAAACCCCAAAUGUCCAAAAGCCCUUUUCUGGUGGGUGACCCAGUGCAUCCAACAGAAACAGCCGCUGCCUGAACCUCUGUGUGAAGCUUUACGCGCACACGGACAAAAUGCCCAAACUGGAGCCCUCGCAAAAACACGGCUUGUGGCUUUGGCAUACUUGCCCUUACAGGUGGAGUAUCUCGGUCACACAUCUAAAUGAGACAUCAGUGACAACAAAUCUUUGAAAUGGUGCUAUGGAUUUACCAUUCCUUAUUAUCACUAAUCAUCUAAACGACUCACUGGAAAUCCAAUUAACAAUUUUACAACAUAAGAUAGAAUGGAGACCUGAAUAAUUAUGUGUAAUAUAAAUGGUUUAUAACUGCUUUUGUACCUAGCUAGGCUGCUAUUAUUACUAUAAUGAGUAAAUCAUAAAGCCUUCAUCACUCCCACAUUUUUCUUACGGUCAGAGCAUCAGAACAAGUGUCUAGACUCCUUGGGACCGUGAGUUCCCAGAGCUUGGCUGGGUCUAGGCUGUUCUGUGCCUCCAAGGACUGUCUGGCGAUGACUUGUAUUGGCCACCAACUGUAGAUGUAUAUACGGUGCCCUUCUGAUGCUAAGACUCCAGACCUUUUGAUUUUGCUUUGCAUUUUCUGAUUUUAUACCAACUGUGUGGACUAAGAUGCAUUAAAAUAAACAUCAGAGUAACUCA